UAGCGCUCGGGCGCCAUGUUAGGACGAAGGGGAAGGAGGAGAAGCGCUUAAAGCGGCGGGAGCGGGCGCGGGAGUGGGGUUGGACCCAGGGCUGAGGCAGGCCCCCCCCUCCCUCCCGCCUCAGUGGAUCAUGCCCAGGGCGGCAGCGGCGGCGGUUGCGGGGGGAAGUGACUGGGCGGUGCCGGCGCAGGAGACGAUGCCGUUUCCAGUUACAACGCAGGGAUCACAACAAACACAGCCGCCACAGAAGCACUAUGGCAUUACCUCUCCUAUCAGCUUAGCAGCACCCAAGGAGACUGACUGCAUACUUACACAGAAACUUAUUGAGACACUGAAGCCCUUUGGGGUUUUUGAAGAGGAAGAGGAACUGCAGCGCAGGAUUUUAAUUUUGGGAAAAUUAAAUAACCUGGUAAAAGAGUGGAUACGAGAAAUCAGUGAAAGCAAGAAUCUUCCACAGUCUGUAAUUGAAAAUGUUGGAGGAAAAAUUUUUACAUUUGGAUCUUACCGAUUAGGAGUACAUACAAAAGGUGCCGAUAUUGAUGCCUUGUGUGUUGCACCAAGACAUGUUGAUCGAAGUGACUUUUUCACCUCAUUUUAUGAUAAGUUGAAAUUACAGGAAGAAGUAAAAGAUCUAAGAGCUGUUGAAGAGGCAUUUGUACCCGUUAUCAAACUGUGUUUUGAUGGAAUAGAGAUUGAUAUUUUGUUUGCAAGAUUAGCACUGCAGACUAUUCCAGAAGAUUUGGACCUACGGGAUGACAGUCUACUUAAAAAUUUAGAUAUAAGAUGCAUAAGAAGUCUUAAUGGUUGCAGGGUAACCGAUGAAAUUUUACAUCUAGUACCAAACAUUGACAACUUCAGGUUAACUCUGAGAGCUAUCAAACUGUGGGCCAAACGCCACAACAUCUAUUCCAAUAUAUUAGGUUUCCUCGGUGGUGUUUCCUGGGCUAUGCUAGUAGCAAGAACUUGCCAGCUUUAUCCAAAUGCAAUAGCAUCAACUCUUGUACAUAAAUUUUUCUUGGUAUUUUCUAAAUGGGAAUGGCCAAAUCCAGUGCUAUUGAAACAGCCUGAAGAAUGCAAUCUUAAUUUGCCUGUAUGGGACCCAAGGGUAAACCCCAGUGAUAGGUACCAUCUUAUGCCUAUAAUUACACCAGCAUACCCACAACAGAACUCUACGUACAAUGUGUCCGUUUCAACACGGAUGGUCAUGGUUGAGGAGUUUAAACAAGGUCUUGCUAUCACAGAUGAAAUUUUGCUGAGUAAGACAGAGUGGUCCAAACUUUUUGAAGCUCCAAACUUCUUUCAGAAGUACAAGCAUUAUAUUGUACUUCUAGCAAGUGCACCAACAGAAAAACAACGCCUAGAAUGGGUGGGCUUGGUGGAAUCAAAAAUCCGAAUCUUGGUUGGAAGUUUGGAGAAGAAUGAGUUUAUUACACUGGCUCAUGUGAAUCCCCAGUCAUUUCCAGCACCCAAAGAAAAUCCUGACAAGGAAGAAUUUCGCACGAUGUGGGUGAUUGGGUUAGUGUUUAAAAAAACAGAAAACUCUGAAAAUCUCAGUGUUGAUCUUACCUAUGAUAUUCAGUCUUUCACAGAUACAGUUUAUAGGCAAGCAAUAAACAGCAAGAUGUUUGAGGUGGAUAUGAAAAUUGCUGCAAUGCAUGUAAAAAGAAAGCAACUCCAUCAACUACUACCUAAUCAUGUGCUUCAGAAAAAGAAAAAGCAUUCAACGGAAGGUGUCAGAUUGACACCUCUGAAUGACAGCAGCCUUGACUUGUCUAUGGACAGUGAUAACAGCAUGUCUGUGCCUUCACCUACUAGUGCUAUGAAGACCAGUCCAUUGAACAGUUCUGGCAGCUCUCAGGGCAGAAACAGUCCUGUUCCAGCUGUAACAGCAGCAUCUGUGACCAACAUACAGGCUACUGAAGUUUCUGUGCCACAAGUAAAUUCCAGUGAAAGCUCAGGGGGUACAUCGAGUGAAAGCAUUCCUCAAACUGCCACACAGCCAGCCAUUUCACCACCACCAAAGCCUACGGUCUCCAGAGUUGUUUCUUCAACACGUCUGGUAAACCCACCACCUAGACCUUCAGGAAAUGCAGCAACAAAAAUACCUAACCCUACAGGAGUCAAGAGGACAGCCUCACCUCAUAAAGAAGAGAGUCCCAAGAAAACCAAAACAGAAGAGGAUGAAACAAGUGAAGAUGCUAACUGUCUUGCUUUGAGUGGACAUGAUAAAACAGAAACAAAGGAACAACUUGAUACAGAGACAAGUACAACUCAAUCAGAAACUAUUCAGACAGCGGCUUCUCUGUUGGCCUCUCAGAAAACAUCCAGUACAGACCUUUCUGAUAUCCCCGCUCUCCCUGCAAAUCCUAUUCCUGUUAUCAAGAAUUCAAUAAAACUGAGAUUGAAUCGGUAAAAACCACCUCAGGGGUCCAUAAACAAUAUCUGCCAACUCAACCUGUUGUCUUCAAAUGCUAAAAAAGGAGAAUGGAGGGUACAAGACUAGACAUGACUGAAAAUGGAUUUAGGGGCUUUUUUUUUUUUUUUUUUUUUUUUUCCUUCCUUUAAAUUUUGUGACCUCCCUUACUGGGCUAAUCAGCACUUGAUCGGAAGUCCAGGUUAGUAUGUGAAGCCAGGAGUACUAUUAUUAUUGUGUUAGCAACAGUUGUAUUAACUAUUUCAAAAAAUUACUGCCUUGAAAAAAAGAAAAAAACAACCUCAAGCUAUAUUUGUAUCCAUAAUUGACAUCUGGAUUGGGUUUAUGUUUGAUACAUUAUUUGGAAAAUUUGCAAUACAAACUGGCAUAAGAAUUCCUUAUUCUGAUGAUGCACUUUUAUGUAUUUUUUAUUAGAAAGUAGAACUAAUUUUAGAUUUUCAGCUUGAUGGAUUUUCAUUUUUUUCCUAAGGAAUUUUCUUUACCAUUAGUCUUUAAAUUAGAUGCCAUUGUGCAGUGGUGUACUGGGAAACCUCAGAGAAAGGAUAAACAUACAGCUCGUUCAGUCCCAGUGAGGUAGCUGUAAUCCAUAAAAAUGAAAUGUCAGCUCUCGGAUAUAUAUUUGACAUUGGAAGAAUAAUUAGGAAAUACUCGCUUUUGAUGGGGUCAUGAUUAAGAAAUGAUAUAUUGGUUUUUAUUUAUAGAGUUGUUUUAGAGUGCAUACAAAUCAGUGAUCAGCCAGCAAAUACUUUUCUUUGAGCUUAUUUAAAGCUCCCUAUUCUUUUGCCUUCCAUCUGUUGUCUUCGAAACAAGCAAAGCUGUUUGCUUCUUCCCCCUUCUCAUUUCCUUUUUUGCUUGUAUGCGUAAGGUAAGACUUACUUCAUAAAAAAUAAAAUGCCAGUAUUUUCUUCAGCCAUGAUGUUGAAGCUGGUGACCGGGCAGCUGCGUGGCGCAGACACUAAAUUGUGGUCCCAUGGCUGAAACUCUAGGUGACUAAAAGGAAUGCCUGUGAGACAUGGUAACUCUGGGGUAGCCAUUUGAUCUCUAAAUAUAAGGAAUUUUGUACACUCCACAGAACUCCUGUCUGUAGUAUGGUUGAUUUUCAACUUUAAACAUGGGCAAAAAGGCAUUUUCUCCAAGAAUUUUAGACUAAUUUUUUUAAGUGGAUGACCAAAAUAUGUCAGUAAAUUUUACAUGUAGAAACAUUUUAAAAAUCAUUUCUAGCAAGCACUUGACAUCUAGUCAGCUCUCUCUCUCUCUCUCUUUCUCUUUUUUUUUUUUUUUUUUGGUUGUAUCCUGUCAAUAGAUUAGGAACUCCAUUCUUCAAAGAAAACACUUCUUUAGGAAGUAUGAGGGAUGCCAGAUGUAGAUAAACUUAACUCUUAAUCUGGAUGAAGCAAAGCUAACAGAUUGUUUUGAUGAGCAUGUUUUUGAAUCCUCCAUUGUGCUCCAUUCUAUCACAUGUGCAUUUUUCAUGUUAAACUGCAAUUACUUAAACUCUUCCCCUGUCCUUCUAAAUUAAUUUUCCAAAGUUGGAGUGUAGUCUUUACCCCUUAGGCUAUGCAUUAAUUGAGGCUUUAUUUUCACCAUGCGUUAUAAUGUCUAGUAUACCAUCUUUCUACUUCCACAUCUCUGCUCUGCACAGUCACCUUGCCCUUUCUCCCAGCACGUAAGGAAAACGACGGUCGUACUAACAGGUGAAGAGUACAAGGUGUCUGUGUGUUUUGUGUAGCUUCAGAGUUAGAUUGAAAUUGCCAGGCACAGAUUUAGUCUUGUCAUUUUGUUUACACAUUGGGGAAAAAAUUCAGUUUAUUAAACGUUUCAUGUAACUGCACCCAAGUUUUGCCAAGCUGGAAACUUGGACCUUUUCUGUGUAGUGACUUUUUAAUUCUAGUUUUCAUAACCUGGAGAUCAGACUGUUGCUUUCGCAUGAUGUACGUAGUGUCUCAUGACUGGAGUUUGCUUUGUUUUAUAGUAUCUGUACUCCUUGUAUUUUUCAAGAGCUAUUUUGUAAACAGAUGAUGUAUUUCUCCAUUGAAAACACAAUAAAAAAAAAAAACAGCACAA